AUGUCAAGAGAAUCAUCGAUUUCGGAAGGAGGAGGAUGGGUGUAAUGGUUUUGUGCAAUGGAAGAUCAUCAGUUUUUGUGUGAAGUGGAUGAUGAAUUCAUAAGGGACAACUUCAACUUGUACGGUUUGAAGAGCAAAUUCAAUUUUUAUAAUGAAGCAUUGGACUUGAUUUUAAGUUCUGAAACACCAGACGACGAGGAUUUGGAAGACGAAAGGUUCUUGGAAGUUUAUUAGGAGGCUACAGACUUAUAUGGUUUGAUUCAUGCAAGAUUCAUCAUAACAGCCAAAGGUUUGAGUAUGAUGAAGGAAAAGUACUUGGGAGGUAAAUUCGGAGCCUGCCCAAGGGUGUUAUGUGAAAGAUAGAAUGUUUUGCCUGUGGGAAUGAGUGAGGAAUUACGUACUUCGAGAGUGAAGGUGUUCUGUCCUAGGUGUGAAGAGGUUUACAUCCCAAAGAAGAAAUGUCCCGAUGUUGACGGUGCUUACUUUGGUUGUUCAUUCCCAUCUAUAUUUUUAAUGAACUUCAUUUAGGAGGUCCAAAUUCCUGCAAACAAUUAGACUUAUGUGCCUAGAGUGUUCGGAUUUAGAAUUUACAAGAAAAAGGGAUCUCGUUAUUAGGAUACUUAAUAAAAGGUUGCUGAAAUCACUCAUUAUUCUGAGGAAUAAUUAAAGAAGUUGAGAGGGAAGAAUGAUCAACAAGCAAAAGAGGAUUAUGUUCAAAAGUGAAUUAGUGUUUUUGUUUUUGUUAUUAAAAUUUUUAAAUCUUUUUUAAAAUAAA